AUGGCUGAUCCAGACCUCGAAGCUGUCCACCCCGUCGAAGCGGCCAGUCCCAAGAUGCUGCAUCCCAAAACUGAUGCUCCGUGGACCAGCUCAGAUGGUAGCCACGAAAUUGCCGACAUUGACAAUCUUGAAAAGGCACAGGCCAUUGCCGAGCAUGACCUGCAUGGACCACGCAAGCAGACUUACUCUGGCAUCGUUUUGGCCUGGCUCAGUUUCCAGGCAACGGGCGUCAUCUACGGUGACAUUGGCACCUCGCCUCUAUAUGUCUAUUCUUCGACUUUUUCAGCUCAGCCUAGCUGGCAGGAUCUCGUCGGCGCUCUUUCCAUCAUCAUCUGGUCGCUAACUCUCAUGGUGUCUGUCAAAUACUGCUUCAUAGUGUUGCACGCCGACGAUGAUGGGCAAGGCGGCACCUUUGCGCUGUACAGUCUGUUGACGAGAUUCACGCGCAUCGCUCGACCUAACCCUCGAGACCCUGUGGGGUAUGGUUUGAGACGCCACAAUACAAACGAUCUGAAGGCAGGCGGAAAGAGCAUACGCGAAUUUCUCGAGCGCUCGAGGAUCUCGCAGUUUUCACUACAGUUCAUUGGAGUUUUGGGCGUUUCCAUGGUCAUGGCGGAUGGCGUGCUGACGCCGGCCCAGUCGGUCCUCGGUGCCAUUCAGGGCAUUACGGUUGUCAACUCCAACCUGAAAACCCCUGCGAUUGUUGGCAUUUCGUGUGCCAUAUUGGUGCUUCUUUUCGUCAUUCAGCCUUUCGGGACGGCCAAAAUCGGAACUACAUUCGCACCAAUUGUAGUCAUCUGGCUGCUGUUCAAUCUCUGCGUUGGCAUUUACAACCUGGCGCUGCAUGACUACACAGUGCUCAAGGCUUUCAGCCCGCACUUUGCCUUUACUUAUCUUAUACGCAACGGACACGAUGGCUGGCGGUCCCUCGGGGGUCUCCUGCUAGCAUUCACCGGUAUCGAGGCUCUUUUUGCCGAUCUUGGGGCGUUCAGCAAGCGCGCCAUCCAGAUAUCCUGGCUCUGCUUCGUGUACCCCUGUCUCGUGGUGGCUUACAUCGGGCAGGCUGCGUACAUAUCCACCGACAAGACCCAGACUGCCUACACGAAUCCCUUCUUCAAGACCCUCCCUCCCGGAAGCUUGUACUUUGGCCUGAUUAUUGCGAUACUGGCGGCCAUUGUUGCGUCGCAGGCCAUGAUCACUUCGACGUUCCAGCUGCUUUCCCAGAUCAUGAGGUUGUCCUACUUUCCGCACAUCAAAGUCACACACACUAGCACAAAGUUCCACGAGCAAGUCUACAUGCCUUUGGCUAACUGGCUCCUGAUGAUUGGCACUGUUAUCGUCACAGCCGUUUACAACAAUACCACAUCUCUUGGCAAUGCUUAUGGCGUGUGCGUCAUCUCUGUUACUUUUAUAAGCACUUGUAUGGUCGCACUGGUCGCCAUCCUCGUGUGGAGGCUACCAGCGUACAUUGUGCUGCCAAUAUGGCUUGUUUUUGCGGCUCUUGACGGGGCUUUCCUGUCCGCGGUGUACGAAAAGGUGCCUGAUGGGGCUUGGUUCACGCUACUUCUAGCGUUUCUACUUUCAUCCGUCUUUGCUCUCUGGCGCUUCGGGAAAGAAACUCAAUGGCAUGCGGAAGGACUCGAUAACUUGUCCCCACAGUCCCUUUUUGCUCUCGAUUCUACCGCACUACUCGGGGAUCAAGGGCGUCCGCCUGUGCGGCUACGCGACGCUUUCGGUGGAGCGACCCUCUCGACUGUGCCCAGCUUGGGCAUCUUUUUUGACAAAGCUGGCAACCCCAAGACUCUGCCACCGUCAUUUGCAGAAUUCGUGAAGAAGUUUGCCACACGACCCGGCCUCGUCAUCUUCUUCCACAUGCGCGCACUGCCAGUGCCGUCAGUUGCCUUGGAAGACCGCUAUGUUGUAACUCGAAUGUCGCAGAUGCCCGGAAGUUACUCUGUAACUCUUCGUCAUGGCUAUACUGACGAUGUUCUCCAUCCCGGCAUGGCCCGCGAUCUUAUUGCCCAGAUCGAGCUUGCCCUGAUAGAAGCUUCGAGAGCUGAGGAUACUGAGGACGAGCUUCAGAGGCUGCGAGCAUCGUACAGUUCCCAGGUGGUCUAUGUCCUCGGCAAGGAGACAAUGCGCAUUCGGCAUGCGCGAAGAACACCCUGGGGACUGUGUCGACAUGUACUUCUCUGGCUAUUUCUAUGGAUACGCGAAAAUUCGCGGGCGAAACUGGCUGAUCUUGACAUUGAUGCUGAUAAAGUGGUCGAGGUUGGAUUUUUGAAGGACAUUUGA